AUGUUCUCAAUCCUGUUUGUCACAGUGUUCUUUGCCAGCUGUUUGGCAAUGCAUGAGUAAUAAAUAAUAUCACAAUUCACUUCAACUUUUUCAGUUAGACUUAGAAGUUCUUAGAGACAUCUUCUGAUGGUUUAAUGCAUUGCAGAAUGUACUUUUUAGUUAAUUAAUUUGCACUUUUUAAAUUAUGUGAAGAUCUUUGAGAAAUGUGUCAGUAAAAUGAAAACUAUACAUAUAAAUAAAAUAUACUGUAUAUUCUGUGCAUAUAGUGUAGGUGUGUAUAUAUAUGUAUAUAUUGAUUAUUAAUAUAGUAAACAUAUUGCCUAUGUUAUUUUAGCCAUCAAAGACCCGUACUCGUAUUCCUCUGCGGUGGGUCUGGGCACUGGCACCCCAUUUGCUUCCUCCGGUGAGGGACGCAUCACAGCGGUCAGUGUGGGAGAACAACUACUACUACUACUACUACUACAACAACGCCUACAUCAACGGGUGAGCAGACCCUGACCCAUGAACAGACACCACUGACUCAGUCCAACUACACUACCCAACAGACACCAAACAGACACUUUCUUUCUUUCUUUCUUUCUUUAUGUUCAUUACAUACUCAGUACAUGACAAAUAGUGUUAUCAUAUCUAACCCCGAGUACAAUGGAAAAUGUCAGUCCUUGAUACUCUACAACCCUACCUCUUUUCUUUGUCUGAAUGUGCCUUAUCAAAACACAACCAACAUGAAAAGCCUGCUCUGUUUCUUAGGUUUCAGCUGAGAUAUGACUACACCUGGUCUCCUGUGUUCGGUCGCGAAGUGGGUGAAAAAAGGAGAUGUGGGCAGUGAGCUGAGGCUUCUCAGCGGCCGCUCCGACGGUGCCGGCAUCACCUCCAUCGGAGCCCACUGGGGAUUCAUGUACAUGGAAGAGGCUGGAAACAGCACCUCCUCUUAAUUGAAAAAAUGUGUCUUUCUCUUUGGGAUGGUUUCCCGAAUACAGAUGAAGCCUAGUCCUGGACUAGUUACUUUCAAUGGAGAUUCUCCAUUCAGCAUGCUUUUUAGUCCAGGAGUAAGAUUCAUCUGGGUCCAGGAAACUGACCCUUUAUGUUUUGGACGGAUGUUUGACAUAGACGCUGACAGGACUGUUUCGGUAUAUGAAAUAAAUUAAUUGAACCUUUUGAAGCUGAAUGAAUUUGAAUGUUUAGAAUAUUAUUUAGUAUUUUCUAAAUAUGCACACUGUCCUUUGUGAGUUUACCCCAAUGAAGGAGGAGGGUCACAUACGGGUCACAUGCAGUAUUGGAGGUUGCAUUUACCACAUCAAAUGAAAAGAUGAGUAUGUUUGAGUUUAUCAGAAUACAUUUAAUAUACAAUAGUUCAGCAUGUUAUCUUAGCUUUAUAAAGCAAACUAAUGCUUUGUAAGGGAAGCUACCCACUGGGCACAGACGUCAAUUGAACAUCUAUUCCACAUUGGUUCAAUGUAAUUUCAUUGAAAUGACGUGAAAAUAACGUUGAUUCAACCAGCGUGUGUGCUCAGUGGGUAGAUGUUGAGAUACAGUGGCUUGCGAAAGUAUUCACCCCCCUUGGCAUUUUUCUUAUUUUGUUGCCUUACAACCUGGCAGUGCCUGCUGAUGAAAAACAUCCCCACAGCAUGAUGCUGCCGCCACCAUGCUUCACUGUGGGGAUGGUGUUCUCGGGGUGAUGAGAAGUGUUGGGUUUGCUCCAGACAUAGUGUUUUCCUUGAUGGCCAAAAAGCUCAAUUAUAGUCUUAUCUGACCAGAGUACCUUCUUCCAUAUGAUUGGGGAGUCUCCCACAUGCCUUUUGGCGAACACCAAAUGUGUUUGCUUAUUUUUUUCUUUAAGCAAUGGCUUUUUUCUGGCCACUCUUCUGUAAAGCCCAGCUCUGUGGAGUGUAUGGCUUAAAGUGGUCCUAUGGACAGAUACUCCAAUCUCCGCUGUGGAGCUUUGCAGCUCCUUCAGGGUUAUCCUUGGUCUCUUUGUUGCCUCUCUGAUUAAUGCCCUCCUUGCCUGGUCUGUGAGUUUUGGUGGGCGGCCCUUUCUUGGCAGGUUUGUUGUGGUGCCAUAUUCUUAAACAUUUUAAUAAAGGAUUUAAUGGUGCUCCGUGGGAUGUUCAACGUUUUGGAUCUUUUUUUAUAACCCAACCCUGAUCUGUACUUCUCCACAACUUUGUCCCUGACCUGUUUGGAGAGCUCCUUGGUCUUCAUGGUGCCGCUUGCUUGGUGGUGCCCCUUGCUUAGUGGUGUUGCAGACUCUGGGGCCUUUCAGAACAGGUGUAUAUAUACUGAGAUCAUGUGACACUUAGAUUGCACACAGGUGGACUUUAAUAACUAAUUAUGUGACUUCUGAAGGUAAUUGGUUGCACCAGAUCUUAUUUAGGGGCUUCAUAGCAAAGGGGGUGAAUACAUAUGCACGCACCCCUUUUCCGUUAUUUAUUUUUUAGAAUCUUUUGAAACAAGUAAUUUUUUUCAUUUCACUUCACCAAUUUGGACUAUUUUGUGUAUCUAUUACAUGAAAUCCAAAUAAAAAUCAAUGUAAAUUACAGGUUGUAUUGCAACAAAAUAGGAAAAACGCCAAGGAGGAUGAAUACUUUUGCAAGGUACUGUACAUGCAUAUUCUUCCCCAACUCAAAUGAAUUGUAUAACACAACUAACUAGACAAAAACGUUGUGAAUACAACAAUUUUGAUUCAUAUUGACCUUUUAAUUUGUCUUUUUAUAUAUAUUUUGUUGAUCAAUAAGGUCCUACAUAUAUUUGUAUUAAUAUGUUAAUUGAACUAUUAAAUAUUAUGGAUAGGUAGUAACAAGUGACUCAGGGUAUUUCACUUUGUUAUGCGUAUACAAACGUUUAUUUAAUUUUCUCACCUUGAAGCUCCUACUGAUAUUUAUCUGAUUAAUCUGCAGAAAAUGAAAUCAGAUUGUUUUCCUGUAGAAACAUGUACAGGUUGCUAGUCAUUUAAUGAAGAUGUAAGUAUUGUAACAGACUGCAGAAAACGUCGAACAAUAAUGGAGACGAAAAAUUGAGAAUCUCAUCUGCCCCGCUAGAAUUAAAUUGAAAUACAUGUACUUAAACAAAUCUUCUACAAUAAAAUUGGUAUUUGAACAAACCAAUGAACUAACUACCCUAUUAAUGACCAGAUCCACAUGUCUAUUUCAGCCUGUUAAUGUUUGAAGGGAAGAAGUUCCUCUUGGGGUAAUAAAACAACUGAAGAUGAGAAGACUGAUUUUGAGCGAUUUUCGUACACAUUUAUACGAUUUUGGUAUAUUCUUUUGAUUGUUCAGUUGUUAGAUUGUAUCUUUUUUUAUCGCUAUUUCAGAUCAUUCAUUUGUUAAUAUUCAAAAGAAAGAACAUCCUCUGAAUACAAUUAUUUCCUUAUUAUAUUUCCUCGACACUCCCUCCCAAAGUUGCCUCGACCAAUUAGAAAACAAUGUCUGACUUCUCUAUAGUGGGUGACUGACUAUAGGUGUUCUUUGGCAUGCUCCUUCCAUCUAGAGCUGAUGGAAUGUUCAGCAUGUAUAAAUGCAGUUCUAAGAGGAAGCAGUAGACUAGAAGGACCUGGCAGAGACCGAGAGAUAAGAAGCUUUCACAUCUUUUCACACAGAUCUCAAGAUAUCACUGUGGGUAUCUACACAACUAACUAAAUAGAAAACUUUCACUUGUAUUUAAUGCAUGAUACUGGUGUGGGAAAUAUUAUGACGUUAAUACUCAUCAUCUCUUGGUACAUGGGCACAAACACUUUGGCCCUAUUGCCUAAAAAUGUAAAUUAAUUUAUCUGACAAUUUUUUAUUUGACAGUAGCUUAGCACUGCAAGAGUGAUUGUAGUAAACAAGAGUUCAACUUUUGAAAGCUGUUUUGUAACAUUUCACAUUCAAGAAUGAUUUGUUGUUAAGUCACAUUUCACAAUUCAAAAGGUUAUUUUUUUCCCCUUCUAGGAAACAUUGGUUGACCUGACAGGUAAAAUGCCUUAGUUGUUUUUGUGAACUACUAUGAAAAACAUUAUUAACAAAAUUAUUUCAAGUUUUACCAUUUAAAGUGAAAUGGAGUGAGAGUGAAAUUGACUGAAAUGAAAGGUCUUAAGUAUUGAUGCCUCCCUUUUGCAGAAUGUUCUCAAUCCUGUUUGUCACAGUCUUCUUGGCCAGCUGCUUGGCAAUGCGUGAGUAAUACAAAUACAAUUCUGAAUUAUAAUUAUUCAAUAAUAGCUUUUGUGCUUUCACCAUCUUGUCUUUUUCAGUUAGACUUAGGAGUUCUUCUUUGAGACAAAAGCUGAUGUAUGAAAGCAUUGCAGAAUAUACUUUUGUUAAUUAAUCUGCACUUUAUUCAUAAUAUAAAGAUAUUUCAGAAAUGUGUUGGUAAAAUUAGAAUGAUGUAUAUAUAAAUAUGUAUUAUUAAUAUAGUAAAUAUAGAAAACAUAUUGCCCAUGUUAUUUCAGCCAUCAAAGACCUGUACUCGUAUUCCUCUGCGGUGGGUCAGGGAGGUGGCACCCCAUUUGCUUCCUCCGGUGAGGGACGCAUCACAGCGGUCAGAGUGUGGGAGAACAACAACGCCUACAUCAACGGGUGAGCAGACCCUGACCCAUGAACAGACACCACUGACUCAGUCCAACUACACUACCCGACAGACACCACCGAAUCAGUCCAACUACACUACCCAACAGACACACUCUUUCUUUCUUUCUUUCUUUCUUUCUUUCUUUCUUUCUAUCUAUCUCUCUUUCUUUCUUUCUGUAUUUAUUUCUUUAUUGUGUUUAUUACAUAUUCACCGGGGGCCAGUAUGAAAAAUAAAUAAAUAAGAGCGUCUGCUAAAUGACUAACAUGUAAUGUAAUAGUGUUAUCGUAUCUAACCCAGAGUACAAUGGAAAAUGUCAGUCCUUGAUAUUCUCUGACGCUACCUGCUCUCUCGGUCUGAAUGUGCCUUAUCAAAACACAACCAACAUGAAAAGCUUCCUCUGUUUUAGGUUCCAGCUGAGAUACAGCAACACCUGGUCUCCUGUGUUCGGUCGCGAAGUGGGUGAAAAGCAGGAGAUGGAGCUGUUUAAGGAUGAGGCCAUCGUCGAGGUGUCUGGGAAGUACAACCCAGGAGACUACAUCUACACCUUGGUGUUCACCACCAACAUGGGGCGCACUCUGUCGGCCGGCCAGCCUAACCAAGUCUCCUUCAACUUCUACCCAGCCAACAUGGGCAAUGAGCUGAGGAUGCUCAGCGGUCGCUUCAACGGUGCCGGGAUCACUUCCAUCGGAGCCCACUGGGGAUUGGUGUACAUGGAAGAGGCUGGAAACAGUACCUCCUCUUAAUAGAAAAAAUAAAUAAGUAUGGCUUGCUCUUUGGGAUGGUUUCCCGGAUACAGAUUAAGCCGUCCUGGACUAGUUACUUUCAAUGGAGAUUCUCCAUUCAGCAUGCUUUUUAGUCCAGGGGUAAACUUAAUCUGGGUCCAGGAAACUGACCCUAUAUGUUUUGGACGGAUGUUUGACGUAGACGCUGACAUGACUGUUUUAAUAUCACUAUCUGAUGGGUGCUUAAUGCGAUUUUAAACUGAAUGAAUUUGAAUAUUUAUAAUUUUUUUGGGAGUAAUUUUGUACUGCUUCAAGUGAGGUGAUCCCGUUUGAGUGAGUGGGUCACGGACCACAUGCGUUGUUACUCAUCAUUUGAGGUUGUAUUUAUCACAAUAAAUGAAAUAAUCAUAUGGGAUUUAAAGGAUUAAUUAUAUCUUUGAUUAAUUGAACAAUAAAAUAUUAUGGGGAGAUAAUUGCAUAUCAUGGUACUUCACCUUCACUAUUUUAUACACACUGUAUUUUUUUUGUGUGUUCCUUUUCUGCUACAUCUGCAUACUGAGAUUUAAUAAAAAGCAUAUCUUUAA